AGAGAGAGACGCACACACAGACAGAGAGCGAGAGAAAGAGGGAGACACAUAGGCCUACAUACACAGACCGAGAGACACAGAGAGAGAGCAAAAAAAAGCAACACAGUGUAGCAAACAGGGAAGCAGGUAAGCGGCGCGUGGAGCAGCCGGAAGCAGCAACAGCAGCAGCAGCAGCAGCAACAGCAGCAGCAUCGCGAUUUGGACGUAGCGCGACAACCGGGAACCCGGCUGACAUUCUUGCGGCCAGCGGGGUGGAGGAUAGGAGGAGGGGGCACCUACACGGCAACGCAUUCUCGCUGGCAGUCCGUCCCUCGCACAGUUUUUUCUCCCUCUCUCCAUCUAAACCGUCGCUUCUUCGUCGUUAAGAUGGCUGACCCAAGCAGCGACGACGGAGAGGCACCGGAGAGCGCGCGCGGCUUCGCCCGACAGGGAGCCCUUCGACAGAAGAACGUGCACGAAGUCAAGAACCACAAGUUCAUCGCGCGCUUCUUUAAGCAGCCUACCUUUUGCAGCCACUGCACAGACUUUAUAUGGGGCUUUGGAAAGCAAGGAUUUCAGUGCCAAGUGUGUUGCUUCGUGGUCCAUAAACGCUGCCAUGAGUUCGUCACCUUCUCCUGUCCGGGCGCAGACAAGGGGCCUGCGUCGGACGACCCUCGUAGUAAACACAAGUUUAAAGUCCACACCUACUCCAGUCCCACCUUCUGCGACCACUGUGGCUCUCUCCUCUAUGGCUUGCUACACCAGGGCAUGAAAUGUGACCACUGCAUGAUGAACAUCCACAAGCGGUGUGUGGCUAAUGUCCCCAGCCUGUGUGGAACAGACCACACGGAGAGGAGAGGACGCAUCUACAUCACUGCCAAGAUGGUGGAGGAAGCUCUCACUGUCACGGUCGGUGAGGCCAGGAAUCUGGUGCCCAUGGACCCCAACGGUCUGUCAGACCCCUACGUCAAGCUGAAGCUGAUCCCAGACCCCAAAAGCGAGAGUAAGCAGAAAACCAAGACCAUCAAAUGCUGCCUCAACCCAACGUGGAACGAGACCUUCAUUUUCAAGUUGAAAGAUACGGACAAAGACCGCCGGCUGUCCGUAGAGAUCUGGGACUGGGACCUGACCAGCAGAAACGACUUCAUGGGCUCCCUCUCUUUCGGCAUCUCAGAGCUCCAGAAACAAGCAGUAGAUGGAUGGUUCAAGCUCCUGGGACAGGAGGAAGGAGAAUAUUUUAAUGUCCCCGUGCAGCCAGAAGGUGAAGAGGGAAACGAGGAGCUACGCCAAAAGUUUGAGAGGGCCCGGGUGGGCCCAGGGAAGUCCAGUGGGGGGGGGGACUCCUCUUCCUCGGUGUGUAGGUACGACAGCAACGGAAACCAGGACCGCGUCAAGCUGUCUGACUUCACCUUCAUCAUGGUGCUGGGCAAGGGCAGCUUCGGGAAGGUGAUGCUAGCCGAGCGCAAGGGCGCAGAGGAGCUGUACGCCAUCAAGAUCCUGAAGAAGGACGUGGUGAUCCAGGACGACGACGUGGAGUGCACCAUGGUGGAGAAGAGGGUGCUGGCCCUGUCCGGGAAGCCACCCUUCCUCACCCAUUUGCACUCCUGCUUCCAGACCAUGGACCGGCUGUACUUUGUGAUGGAGUACAUUAACGGUGGAGACCUGAUGUACCAGAUCCAGCAGGUGGGCAAGUUCAAGGAGCCCCACGCUGUGUUCUACGCUGCCGAGAUCGCCAUCGGCCUUUUCUUCCUGCACUCCAAAGGCAUCGUCUAUCGGGACCUGAAGCUGGACAACGUCAUGCUGGACUCGGAGGGACACAUAAAGAUUGCUGACUUCGGCAUGUGCAAGGAGAACAUGCUGGACGGGGUCACCACCAAGACCUUCUGCGGCACACCGGACUACAUCGCCCCCGAGAUCAUAGCCUACCAGCCGUACGGGAGAUCUGUGGACUGGUGGGCGUUUGGAGUGCUGCUCUACGAGAUGCUUGCAGGACAGCCGCCGUUUGAUGGAGAGGAUGAGGACGAGCUAUUCCAGUCCAUCAUGGAGCACCAUGUGUCCUACCCCAAGUCCAUGUCCAAAGAGGCCGUCGCCAUCUGCAAAGGGCUGAUGACCAAGCACCCAGGGAAGCGUCUGGGGUGUGGACCGGAGGGCGAGAGGGACAUAAAGGAGCAUGCCUUCUUCCGCUACAUCGACUGGGAGAAGCUGGAGAACAAGGAGGUCCAGCCGCCAUUCAAACCUAAAUCGUGCGGGCGUGACGCGGAGAACUUUGACCGUUUUUUCACACGCCACCCCCCCGUGCUGACCCCCCCCGACCAGGAGCUUAUAGCCAACCUGGACCAGGAAGAAUUCAACGGCUUCUCAUUUGUUAACUGCGAGUUCUCCCUCACGAGUCACUGACCAUAUCCCACCAAUCAGGGCCCGGCCCGGCCCCCUCCCCCCCGCCCCCCCCCCCCUGCCCCGCCCCGCCCCGCCCAGCAUCCUCAUGUCAUGUCCGGGCUGCCUCAACACGGUUUAAAAUAACCGUUGAACAUUUCACCAACACGUAGAACCGAACAUGCCAGAUCUCCUCUUCUGUGUAAACAUCAUAUCCUACAAGGGUGUUGGGGGGGGGGGGGGGGGGGGGGGGAACGCGACAUAUUUAGGGAAAUGUUCCUAGUAGGCUAGGAAGCCACUGUUUACCGUGAGUAAUUAUUUGAUGCUUAAAAGCUGCCCUGAGAGCUAAGACCAUAUCAUCAAGCUCUUCCAACCUUAUUAUUAAGUGCAGGAGUUAGGCUUUUGACUUGAAGUCCAGCAACUCUGCGGCAUGCAUGUGGCACGUUCAUCUGUAUUGGGUGUCCUCCUGUUCGGAAAAGAUAAUUCAGACUAGUUAACGUUCAGGGCCGAUCUGUGCCUGAACUGUCUUAGUGACGCGAUUGACAUGUUGUAAACUGAUUGUGAAGACCUACCGUUAAUAUUCAUGGUGUAAUAUGCCGACGCAUCUUCAACAUUGAUACUGUGUAAGUGUAAUGGUCAUACAAGUGAAAGCUCGACAUUUUGUAUCCCAGUUCUUUAAGUACUUAUCAUUUUCCUUUGUACUGUUAACCUCUUUUUUUUUUUUAGGACCAAAAACUGCUCCGAUUUGAACGUUCUGUUGAAUCAAUAUUGUGGUGGUGUUAACAAAUAUUUGCUAAUUUGUGUUAUGACUUGACUACAAAUGGAGGUUGUUGCGGUCGGGAGGGCAAUCGGUUCAGGGCCACUGGGUUCAAUGACUGAAGACAAAUAAUGUCUUUGCAAUCGUUACUGAAAGUAUUUGCCAUAUAACCCUGUUUUGUUUAUGAUUUAAGGUUGAAGAAUGAGACAAAUUGUCCUCAGUCCAAAAGAUAUUGGUUAAUUUUAAGAAAGAAUGGAAGUGAAAAAGGACUAAAUUGUGACAAAUUUAACUAGAUACAAUCUUUUAAUGUUGGAGAAAUACUCUUCAACACAUGGUUUGUAGUUAUAACCUCAGAAGCAUCUACAACUGUGCCAAAAAAUAAAAGAUUUUUGUUUCUUAGGACAUUGAGGAAAAUACUUGCCUGCCAUAGCUGUGAGAAAAGGACAUAUUGUGCCAUUUCAAAUGAUUCAGUGCAACUUGUUUGUCCAAAAAAUAACACAAUACAGUGGUAUAGUUGAGUAAAGUACAUCAGAAAUAUUUUUAAAGACGGAGCUGGAUGUGUGUUUUCAUGUCCGGUCCAGAGUCCGUUUAUAGCCAGAGAAGCGCAGUGGACGACCAACGUCCAAAUUUUGUUUUUUCAGCUGGUAUAUUAAUUAGUCACGGCAAGAUAAAUGACGACCCUGCCUUUUUUGUCACACAAUGUUUACCGACGAACAUGGUAGAUUGUGCUCGGGUCAUUAAGCAAUUUGAUUUUAAGAUGAUUUAGAAAGUGCUCAUGUGCUGAUGCUAAAGGUGUUGUUGUUGACGAUAUAUCUAACAAUAAGGAAUGUAUGAUAAGACUAUCCAAGAGAGAUUCUGGGAGAGAGGUUUUUGAAUGAGAGUCAGGGAUGUCACUGUGGAUUGUCUAAUUCUGCUGUUUGACUGAAAACUGCUAAUAUACUCAAUGGUGCCUACCA